AUGCCGUCGCGACGUCAAUCUAAAAUUCGACAGCAAACGACACAGAUCAAUUCAUCCAUUAAAAAUAUUUUUAGUGAUAUUAUUACAACAUUAAGUAUGCAUCAAAGUGGUGUUGUGGUGAUGUGGUGGUGUUUUAUAUUGUGCACCUGCUUUAUUCUGGAUGUGUCUGGAUCACCGGUCAUUCGUAUACAGAAAGAUUUGGUAUCUGCAAAAGAUAAUGCAAAUUCGUCAUUAAAUUUGGGCUGUGCAUAUAAAGGCAACGUAUAUUCUCAUCGUUCACAUGUUCAAACUGAAGAGCCUUGUUUGAAUUGUACUUGUUCACAUAGUACAUUAAUUUGUUAUUUACGAGUUUGUCCAGAUUUACCAGACCCUCCACCGGUUGGUUGCAUCGUGCUACAACGAUAUCAAGUAUGUUGUCCUGAAUUGAUUUGUACCGAAAACCGUAAAGGAGGAAAUCGAAUUGAAAGUCGAUCGGAACUUGACGCUUCGUUAUUUCCACAUAAAUCUUUAAUUGGGGAAGGUUGUGUGUCCAAUGGAACGAUCUAUGCAGAAGGUUCAGCAAUGCUAUCCUCAUCAGAAUGUGAACAUUGUUUUUGCCUUGCCGGUCACAUGAACUGCGUGAAACCAAAAUGUCUACUUCCAUUAAAAGGUUGUGAACCAAUUUAUGAAAAAAAUUCUUGCUGUCCAAUUCGUUAUGAUUGUUUAAAACAUAAUGGAACUACCAGUACAACAGAGAAACAUCAAAAAGAAGUUUGUUACUCGAACGGGAGUAUUUUCUAUGAAGGUGAGAAAGUAGUGGUACCAGGUCAUUCCAAAUGCGAUAACUGUUACUGUUUUCAUGGCAAAAUUCAUUGCGAACCUUUAUCCUGUGCACCAACUUUAAUGGGCUGUGAGCCAAUAAUACCGCCAGAAAAAUGUUGUGCAACAAGUUAUAAUUGUAGUGGUACAAUUGAAGUGAAACCUAAUGGUUUUUAUGCCAAAAAUCCUCCUGAUGUUAGUAAAAACUAUGCAAAAUUACGAAAAGAACAACACGUAAAAUACAUAUCAAAUGAAUCCAAUCGUAAUAAUGUAAUACCAACUGAAAAAAAUUGGAGGAAAACAAUUAGCCAACUAACAAAUUUAGAUAAAAUUCUAAACGAAAACCACACUACAACAUAUAAUUCUCUAAUUGAUGGCCGCAAUAACCGUCGAAUAGAUCGACCAAACAAUCAAACAAAUGAAAUAUCGAAUCAUAUUGAUGACGAAAUCUUUACAACCACCUCAAUGGAAGAUUUAACAACAACUUUGAGUACAAUUGACACCACCGUAUUCACUACAACAGAAUCAAUAUUUGAAAGUACCACAACUGAAAUUACUACGGAAAAUGAUGAAAAUAUAACAACGACUGAUUCCAAUGUAAUAAUGACGACCAUAAAUUCUAUGGACGAUGGGAAUCAAACAAAAUACAUUACGAAUGAGAAUAUGUCGUAUAAAAGCAAAACUGAAAUAAUAACAGUUGAAAACUGUAGUAUAACAAAUGAUAAUUCUUCAGUAGUACCAUCAAACAGUACAAUAAUUUAUACGAAAACGGUAAUCACUACAAAUUUUAGUAAUGGUACGAAUAAAUUUAAAAAUAAUACAAUUGAAAAUAGUACGGAAACGGUAAAUGUGCUAUCAAAUAAGAAUUUAGUAAAUAGUACACAUGAUGACAAUAUGAAAAUUGAAGGUGAUAAAAAUAACGAAACUAUAACGAGUAAUAAUAUCCAAACUAAAACUGAUGACCAAAUAUUAGAAGAUAUAACAUCAGAAAUUGCUGAAGCUAUUAAGGAAGAAUUAUUAAAAAGUGAUGAUGCAUCUAUAAAGGAAUUGAAUAUUACCGGAAAAAAUCAUGAUAAUUCAACAAUGAACAUGUCUAUGAAAACAUUAUCACCAGAUAUAGAAGCUAUUUUAAAUAUCACCAAAAUAAAGAAUCAUGAUUUUGAAGAUUAUGAUUAUAAUGAACCAUCAUUGCCGCCAUCUCUGCCUAAUUUGAAAAUUAUUCCAUUUGUAGCAGCAGAUGCAGUAGACGAAACAAUAGACACUGGUGCUUUUUCAAAUUUGCCUAAAGAUAAAAUUUUAGUUUCUGAAAAUCCAUUUCGUUAUGACAAUCAACCAAUAAAUUUAUUUUCGCCACCAAUUGAAACAGAGGGUGGUUUUCUGCCAAGGGAUCCACCAAUAAUUGAUUCAUUUUAUGAUAAUAGCUAUCACACUACAAAUAUUGUGGAUAUAACUUCAGUUACUCCAGUUCCAUCAAUUACAAACCCACCAAAAAUAAACGAAAUCUGUUUUUCAAAAGGAAGAGAAUACAAACAUGGCGAGCUUUUAUCACCACCAGAUUCAUGUAUAUUAUGCAUGUGUUUCUUUGGAGAUAUUGUAUGCCAAGAACCUAAAUGCCCUCCAUUAAAACCUGGUUGCACACGACUUCCUGUUAAAGAUCAAUUAAGCUGUUGUGGUCAUGUGAUAUGCGAUAAUGAGUCUCCAACUGUUGUGUUAGAUCGAAUUGAUACUACAUCAAACUCUCAAAAUACAAUUACAAUAGCAAAUAGAAUAACCACACCUGAUCCAUUUCGUGAUGUAAUUCGUACUGAACCAGCACCUGAUUUACAAUCACUAAUUGGUGAUAUAAUACCAUUUUUAAAAUCUCAAGAAACUACUACUAUUGUAACGACUACAACAGUUGCAUCAACUACCCCGUCAAACUUAUCUUUCAAUGAAUACAAUAAAACGAAAAAUGCAACUACAGAAGUACCAAUAACCCAAAUUACUACUACAAUCAAAUCGAAUAGUUCUGAAGAUAGUCCAAAAAUAUCUAUUCCUGUAAAAGAUGAUGAAGACGAUUUUUCAUUCGAUAAAGUUUUAGAAUUAUUAUUUGCUUCGGAGACAACAACAAAACCUUUAACCACGACAGUUAAAAGUGACACUUCAACAGAUGGAGAUUUAAUUGAAUCAAGAAUUGUAAAUAAUAAUUUUGAUAACGGAAUAAAUUAUCUCCCUCUUAAAUUUCCAUCUAAUUUAGAAGAUAGAAUUGAAGUAAAUAAUGGAAUUAAUUCAUCUAUAAAAUCAACUGUAACUCCGAUAAGUAUCUCUACAACAACUGUACCAAUACCAAGUCCAACAAGCACAACGGAAAAACAAACUUUACAAAAUUUAGAUCAUAGUAUUCAUCAUAAUAAAUUAAAUGAAGCUCAUAAUAGUGUAGGUUUACUCAAGUUAGCAGGAUGUAAUAUAUAUGGACGAAUGUAUCGUGUUGGUCGUAUUAUUUCAGAAUUAUCCGGACCAUGUCUAGAAUGUAUGUGUACAGAUAUUGGAGUCCAAUGUCGCCCACUAAAGUGUUGAAAUGUUUUCAAGUUCAGUCAGUACAGCUCAAUUUCAUUAAUAAGUUAUCUAAGUAUUAUCCUGAAAAGGAGUGAGAUAUUUUUUUGGGGUGGCAACUACUUCAUAUAAAUUUUAAUUCUAACAUCUUCGUUCUGGUGAAUUAUUCGUUAUAAAGACCCCUUAGGUAUUUUUUUGCAAUAUUUAAUAGCAAAAAAAUAUGCUACUCAGAAAUUUGAAUUUUAAUUGCU